AUGUCAGAUAUUUCGGAUUUCUCUGAUACGGAAGACUUUUCCGAAGAGGAAAAGAAAACAGAAACACUUACGAAAAAAUCAAAAAAUAUAAAUGUUUCUAAGAAAAGGAUUGAAGAAAAUUUGGAGUCAAUGAGUAAGAACAAUAGCUUAAGAAGUGUUGACAUAAUAGAUGAAAAUGGCAAAUUAAAUGCACAAACCUCUGGAACAUAUAGAAAAACUUUGACAGCACAAAAAGGUUCAGAAGAUGAUAAUAUGUUGAAUAUAAAGGAAUCAAAAACAUUUAAACAUUCUUUUAGUAAUUCGAAAUUAAAAGAAGUAAAACAUAAUACAAGUGUGAAUGCUAAAGUUGCUGAUUGUGUAAUGUCUCCGCCUGAAUUUUUUUUAUCUCAUAUUUAUCAUGAUAAUAAAGUAUUUACUAAAACAUAUGGACAUUCAAUGGUAGAAUAUGAAAAUGAAUUUUUCAUUUAUGGUGGAAUAAAUUCUAAAAAUGAAUACUUAGAUGAAUUUAUAACAUUUACAUAUGGUACUAAUACAUUUACUUCAAAAAAGUUAAGUGUGAAUCCAGGGAAAAGAGCAUAUGCGUCUAUGACCUUAACAUAUAAUAUUAAUAAUAAUAGUCCAUCUUUAUUAUUAUUUGGUGGAUUAUGUGGACCAAAUAUAUUAGCAAAAGAUUGUUACAUGUAUGAUUUUAUGGAAGAUAUGUGGUCAAAAUAUACAUUUAAAUUAGAUUCAUCUCCAGGUACAAGGUAUGGUCAUGCAUAUACAUAUUGUCCUAAUAGUUAUGCAACCGUUAUUUGGGGGGGUAUAAAUCGAAAUAAUGAAUUAUUAAAUAGUGGCCAUAAAUUUAAUAAUGGUGAAUGGAGUGAACUUAAACAUAAAGGAAUAUGUCCAUCAGGUAGAGUUUAUUCAACUAUUGUUUGGCUAGAUAGAACUACUAAAGAAAAUAUUCAUUAUAGCUUUUUAUAUUUAUUUGGUGGUGAUUUAACAAAUAAAGGUUCUCCAACAGAUGAAUUAUGGGUUUAUAAUUUUAAAAAAGAAAAUUGGUUCUUAAUGAAAAAUUCUUCAGGUGAAGCUCCUUGUCCUAGGUGGAAACAUGGAGCUGUUAUUUUUGAUAAAAAUAUGUGGAUAUCUGGUGGUUUAUGUUCAGGUUGGUUUUCUAAUUAUUCUAUACCAGAUUUAUAUGUAUAUGAUAUACCUUCGAAUUGUUGGUUUAAUUGUCAAAUAGCUUCUAAACAAAUACAUAAUUGUUAUGAUUAUGGUACUUUAAAUUUACAUUCACAAACUAAAGCUUUUUUUUUAUUCGGAGGUAAAAAUGCUAACAAUGACCCUACAUCUAAUGUCUGUAGAUUUGCCCCUCUAUGUACCAAUGUAUCUAUUAUGACCAUGAGAAAUGAAAUAAAGAGAUUUUCGAACUACGUGCUUGAUGUCAAAAAUGAAUCAGAAGAUACUGCAAAUAAUGUUUCAGAAAUGCAAAAAAUUAUACAUACUUUUAGUUUAGAUAUUAAAGAUUUUAAAAUACUUUUCGAAGCUCUAACAAAAAGUAUACAAAUGUUAAAUGAUAAUAUAGAAAAUAUUAAUAAGGAAAUUGAACUUUUGAAAAAGACUAUUUCAACAGAGGAUGAAGCUGAAAAAAAAUUAAAUGUAAUCAAUAAUGAGCAAAAUACAAUUGAUAAAGAAGAGGAGAUUGUAAACGAAGUUAAAGAACCCCAGAUAAAUAUGGAAAAUAAAUAA